AAUCAAUCGAAAACAUGCCGGCACGCAAAGCCCUAAUCGCAGUGACCUCCGCCAGCGCCACCCUGUUCAACGGCAAAGAGCGCACCGGCCUCUUCAUCAGCGAGGCGCUGCAUCCCUACCGCGCCCUCGUGGCCGCCGGCUUCGAAGUCGAUCUCGCGUCUGAGACCGGCAGCUACACGGCGGACUGGCUCUCCCAGCAACCAGAUUUCCUGCACGGCGAGGAUCUGGCCAUCUGGAACGAUCUGGACAGCGAGUUCCGGCAGAAGCUCGACCACAUGCGCCCCGCCGCUGAGAUUCUGGCCCACUCUGCAGGCGAGUAUGGCCUGUUCUAUGCCUCCGCGGGCCACGCCGCGCUGAUCGACUACCCCACCGCCCGCGCGCUGCAGCAGAUCGCCGAGCAGGUGUGGGCGGCCGGCGGCGUGGUCGCCUCCGUCUGCCACGGACCUGCUAUUUUCGCGGACCUGCGCGACCGAGCGACAGGUGCCCCGAUUAUCCAGGGGCGGAAGAUCACGGGGUUCACUACUGAAGCUGAAGAGACGAUGGGAAUCAUGACGGAGUUGCGCGGGCUCGGAGCGGAGAUGGUGGAGGAGCUGGCGCAGCGGUUGGGGGCGAAGUAUGAACGGUCGGCUGGCAUCUGGGAUGAUUUCCAUGUGGUGGAUGGGCGGCUGGUGACCGGGCAGAACCCCGCGAGUGCGACGUCGACUGCCCAGGCUGCUAUUGCGGUGUUUGACAAGCUGUGA